UAUUAUAGGAGCCGCGCACACGCAUGCACGCACCAUCACUUAUCGGUGCCACAACUUGAUCUCGAUCGGAUGGAUCGUCAGCAGCAGCAGCACAUCCAGCUCGCGUGCCCUCCGCGUGGCCCGCUGAAUGAUGGCGCGCGCUCGGUCCAGAUGUGCCCUUCGCUCUACCUCGCCACCUACAGAGGGCGGCUGGAGGAGGUCAUGGCGCUGCUUCUACAGCAGCAUGGCGCUGGGACGGCAGGACGCUAUCAAGCCACUGGUAUUAUUCAGCAUGGACAGUGCGACCUACUUGAGGUGACUGCGGAGAGGAACACCAUUCUUCACGUGGCUGCCGAGCAAGGGCACGACGAGCUGAUCCGAGAGCUCUACAUCAGGUUCAGGGAGGAGGGCCUCCUCUUUCGCCGGAACUCGGCGCUGGACACGCCGCUGCACUGCGCGGCGAGGGCGGGGCACGCCAGGGCCGUCGCGGCCCUCGUCCAGCUGGCCCAGAGCAUCCUGGGAUGCAAGAACGAGGCCGGGGACACGGCCCUGCACCUGGCGGCGAGGUGCGGGCAUGGCGCGGCGGUGGAGGUCCUGGUCUCGGAGGCGGCGGCGACCGAGUUGAACAACGCCGGCGUGUCGGCCCUGUACUUGGCCGUAAUGAGCGGAUCCAUCCAAGCCGUCAGAGCGAUUACUUCCACGUGCAGGGACGCGUCGUCAGCCGGGCCGAGCUCGAUCUCGCAGAAUGCCCUGCACGCGGCCGUCUUCCAGAGCUCAGGUUAUAUAGUUCUCGCCUGCUUCUUUACAAUAUAUUUAGCUUAAUGGAGGUGAUUUCAUGUGCAACGUUGCACGCAAAAAUUGUAAUUGCCGUUGGCUGCAGAGAUGGUUGACGUGCUACUGGAAUGGCGGCCGAGUCUUGCCGGCGAGGUCGACAGCGACGGCGGUACCCCGCUCCAUUUCGCGUCGUCCGACGGCGACCGCGGCGUCGUGCGCGCGAUCCUGCGCGCGGGGCCACCGGGAACGGUGUACAAGAAGACACGGGCGGCCUCACGGCUCUCCACGUUGCGGCGCGGAUGGGCCACAGCCGCGUUGUCGAGGACAUUCUGGGGGCCUUCCCCGACGCCGCGGGUCAAAGAAUAUUUGAAAUUAACUAAAAGUCAAAGGCAAACAUAUAAUUAAGUUAUUUAGCAAUAAUAAUAUAUUUACAAAUAUACAAACAACACGACAUCACG